AUGUUUCAGAUGACGUCUUCAUCAGAUUAUAUUAUUGAAGUACGAAUUGAUGUAUUAAAAACAUUGAAAAUUGCAGGAAUAACUGCAGGUGUUUUAACAGCUAUUGGUCUUGGUGCUUAUUAUAUUCAUCAACAUACUCAACGUACAAAACGUGUUAUAUUACGAGAUGAAGUUAAAAAUAUUCUUGAACCAUUUCAAUUAUCAGAAGACCAACUUCGUCGUGUUAUGGCUAAUUUAAAUACAGAAAUGACAAAUGGUUUAAAAUCAAAUGAUCAUACUGAUAAAAAUGAUUUAGCAAUGUUUCCAACAUAUGUUCAUUAUGGACCAAAUGGUCAAGAAACAGGAGAAUAUUUAGUUGUUGAUUUAGGUGGUUCGAAUUUUCGUGUUUCACAUGUGAUUAUUGAAGGACGAAAUCGUUUACGUUUGAAUAAUAAAAUAUUUCUCAUACCACAUUCAUUAUUAUUAGGUGAAGGUGAAAAAUUAUUUGAUUAUAUUGCUGAAUGUUUACAAAGAUUUAUUGAUGAUAAUAAAUUAGCUUUAUCGAAAUCAUCGGAUUAUAAAUUUGAUUUAGCUUUUACAUUCAGUUUUCCAUGUAAUCAAACAAGUUUACGUCAAGCAACAUUAGUAUCAUGGACCAAAGGUUUUAGUUGUACAGGUGUUGUUGGUAAUGAUGUUGUACUUUUAUUACAACAAGCAAUUGAUCGACGCAAGGGUUUAAAAGUUCAAGUUGUAGCUUUAGUUAAUGAUACAGUAGGUACAUUAAUGGCAUGUAAUUCAAUAUAUCGUGAUUGUAAAGCUGGUGUUAUUCUUGGCACAGGAAUAAAUGCAUGUUACUUUGAAAAUCUUGAUAAUGUACUUAAAUGGAAAGAUGAGCAAAAUCAAACAGCAAAACAAGUUGUUAUUAAUACAGAAUGGGGUGCACUUGGCAAAAAUGGCUGUCUUGAUUUUAUUCGAACGACUAUUGAUCGUGAACUUGAUUCAUCAAGUUCAACACCUCAACAACAAAUAUUUGAAAAAAUGAUUUCAGCUCUUUAUCUUGGAGAAAUUGUUCGUUUAAUAAUUAUUGAAUUAGUACAACGUUCAAUUCUUUGGCCAGGUCGUAUGCAUAAAACACCAAGUCUUCGAUCAGAUUAUAAUAUUUUUCUUAUUUUACGAGGAAGUUUUUAUGCUAAACAUGUUGCUGAUAUUGAAUGUGAUACAACCGAAGAUUUAUCAGUAACUUCGUCAAUUCUUACUUCAAUUGGUAUUCAUAAUCCAACAUAUGAUGAUUGUUAUAUUAUUCGAGAAGUUUGCAAAACAGUUUCACUUCGAGCAGCAAAACUAACUGCAGCAGCUAUUGCUGUUCUUAUCAAUCGUCUCAAUCAACCUUCGGUUACAGUAGGUAUAGAUGGUACACUUUUUCGUCAUCAUGAAAAGUUCAAAAAAAAUCUAACACGUACUUUAAAUCGACUUGUACCACGAACGCAUCGAUUGGUUCUUUCUGAAGAUGGUUCAUCAAAAGGUUCAGCUUUAGUAGCUGCUGUUGAUCGACGUACGAAAGAAACAACUGCAUCAUCCUAA